UGACCCUACUUUUUCUUUCCUGAGAAACUGAGGUGAACAGUAGACAUAAAAAUCUGACUGAACAGGGAACUUCAGUUCUUUCUCGCUACAUAGGAAAAAAGCCUAUGCAAUUGGUAACUUACUAAAACUCCUUUGUUCUACUCUGAAGUUAACCACCAUCAUCAAAAUGUUCUGUGGAGACUAUGUUCAAGGAACCAUCUUCCCAGCUCCAAAUUUCAAUCCCAUAAUGGAUGCCCAAAUGCUAGGGGGAGCACUCCAAGGAUUUGGCUGUGACAAAGACAUGCUGAUCGACAUUCUAACUCAACGCUGUAAUGCACAAAGGCUGAUGAUUGCGGAGGCAUACCAGAGCAUGUAUGGCCGGGACCUAAUUGGUGACCUGAAGGAGAAGCUUUCAGAUCACUUCAAAGACGUCAUGGUUGGCCUCAUGUACCCACCGUCAUCUUAUGAUGCUCAUGAACUCUGGCAUGCCAUGAAGGGAGCAGGCACUGAAGAAAAUUGUCUCAUUGAUAUUUUAGCUUCAAGAACAAAUGGAGAAAUUUUCCAAAUGCAAGAAGCCUACUGUUUGCAAUACAGCAGCAACCUUCAAGAAGACAUUUACUCAGAAACCUCAGGACACUUCAGAGAUACACUCAUGAAUCUGGCCCAGGGAACCAGAGAGGAAGGAUACACAGACCCUGCUAUGGCUGCUCAGGAUGCAAUGGUCCUGUGGGAAGCCUGUCAGCAGAAGACAGGGGAACACAAAACCAUGCUGCAAAUGAUCCUGUGCAACAAAAGCUAUCAACAACUGUGGCUCGUUUUCCAGGAAUUUCAAAAUAUUUCUGGGCAAGACAUAGUAGAUGCCAUUAAUGAAUGCUAUGAUGGAUACUUCCAAGAGUUGCUAGUUGCAAUUGUUCUCUGUAUUCGAGAUAAACCAGCCUAUUUUGCUUAUAGACUAUAUAGUGCAAUCCAUGACUUCGGGUUCCAUAAUAAAACUGUAAUCAGGAUCCUAAUCGCCAGAAGUGAAAUAGAUCUGAUGACCAUCAGGAAACGAUACAAAGAGAGAUACGGAAAAUCGCUGUUUCAUGACAUCAAAAAUUUUGCUUCAGGGCAUUAUGAAAAAUCUCUGCUUGCCAUCUGUGCUGGUGAUGCUGAAGACUACUGAGUCAAAAGAAGGAGGCAGAGGACGGCACUCCUAUUUACAGACCUGUCUAAAUAAAGAGUUUGUGAGAAGUUUGCCUUGUUAGAAGCAUCAUAGCUAAAUUAUAGAAUCAAUUUUCUCUUCGAUCUUUAAAAUCAUUCUAAGCCAAAGAAAAAUCUAUUGAUAAAAUAUAUGACAGUGGAUAUGUACUUAUCACCCAAAUCAGCAAUUUACUAAAUGGAAUAAUACAAUAAUGGAAUAAUAAAAAUAAUUUCAUUGAAAUAUAUUUUAUCUAAAUGCAAACUGUCAGUUGCCUACAAGAAAAUCUGCUUAUUCCUGUCCUUAGCAUGCUUGGGGAGAGGAAAACAUGGUGUGGGGCCAACCCCCUUAGAGAAAUUUUCAAGAUUUUUGUACAAAUGCAAUAAAGCUAAAGUUAACAUCUAAAGCUGUGUCCAUUUAAAAGAAAAUGAAGUUACAUAACAGCAAAGUGCAGCCAUACAGAUCUUUGUCAGGCUUUGAUAUGUAAGAGACCUGGAUGUAAAAAUGGGUGCAUGUGUCUGUGUGUGAGUGUAGAUGUGUGUGUGGCUGGUGGGUGCAUUUGACAACCAU